AUGUUUCUUGGUAUUAUUUAUUCCGAAUCAUUGUGUUCCUUUUUUGUUUCUCUCUGCAGAUUUAAAAUUAAAAUAACAGUUGAAGAUCAUAGUGGGGAGGGUAUUUUCCUUCUCUUUCAUCGUGAGGCAUCUUAUUUGCUUAAGAAAUCAUGUGCUGACUUGUUUACUGAGGUUCAAAGAGAUGCAAGUCUUGUAUGUGGGGAUACUUAUCCUCCCAUAUUCCAAGGACUCAUUGGAAAGAAGUUACUGCUGAAGGUUGAUACCAAAGGUGUCCCACAUGAUACAUUUUAUGGCACUUUCCGAGUUAGGAGAAUAUGUGAUGAUCCCACCAUUAUUGCCAUGUUUGAACUUCCUGAUUAUGAUGCUGAUGACGAGUCUACUCCAAAAAAGGUUACAUAUACAUAUAAUUAUUUUUAGAUUGUGUAAAUUCAUGUUUUGUUCCUUUUUUUUAUUGUGCUGUGGUAAAUUUU